CUGUAAGCAGCUGUGACUCCUUCCACACCUUCCACAUCAUCUUAAAUCUCCCCUUCUGCUGGUAUAAAUAGACACCCUCAGCCCGUCCCACAUGCGCUCCAUAUGCCUCUUGUCUUCUCCUCCUCCUCCUCUUCCAACCUCUCUCUCUCUCUCUCUCUCUCUCUCUCUCAACCUAUCUAUAGUUGAGAAGGACUGAGAUGAUAAAAGUAGUGCUAUAAGGAUUACAAGGAGAUGGCAGGGAUCCAGUGCCAGCCCAAACCCAGCACCACCAGCAGCCCACGCCUGAAGCUUUUCGGCUUCCAAGUGUCCGAGGACGACGAGGCCGACCACCAGUCCUCGCCCGAGGCUGCUGCCACUUCCGAUCCCUCGUCCACCAUCACUGCGGCCACGGCCUCCGGCGACGGGAGGAAGUACGAGUGCCAGUACUGCUGCCGGGAGUUUGCCAACUCGCAGGCGCUGGGCGGCCACCAGAACGCCCACAAGAAGGAGCGCCAGCAGCUGAAGCGCGCCCAGCUCCACCACAACGCCGGCGGCGGCAGCCACCGCUCGCAGCCCGGCACCCUGUACCCCCGCAACCCCAUGGUCUCCGCCUUCGCUCCCCCGCCCCACCUCCUCGCCGUCGGCGGCGGCGCAGCCGCUCCUCUCGUGGGCCCCACCUCCUCCCCGCCUCCGGCCACCAGCUGGGUCUACUACUCCCGGGCGGGCCCGCCCUUCCACCUGUCGCGGGGCUGCGUCGUCCCCUCCGCCGCGCGGGCGUCGCCGGCCUACUCCGCCUACUCCCAGGCCCCUUCCGGGUUGCAUGGCGCCAGCCUCCGCUGCUACGAUGAGGACCGGCCGGUCGAAGAGCCCUCCACCGCCCGGUUCCCCGGUUCGGCUCCUGGUGGCCGGGCGACGGACCCGCCGGCUGAUGGUACGGACGAGGCGUCCGGGCUGGACCUCCACCUUAGCUUGGCUCCCGCUGGCUCCUGACUCGGUUGCGACUUGGACGCUAUCAUGGACUGAUCUCUCUCGUAUCAUGGCAUAUGUAUGAAUUAAUUCUGUAGUGGAUUGGAUCCUGUAAAUUGCGAUUAUUUUUUUGUUCUAAUUUCCAUGAUUCUAUCUGGUUCCAUUCAAUGAAUGACUUCUUCUUA